AUGUCGCUACAGAACGUGGUAUCACAGAUCUCGGCGCUGGUGCCGGGUCUGUCUCCAGCGCUGUCAGCUCCAGAGGUGUCACAGAUGACCAAUGUGGCAUCCGGAAUGCUGGCCGAACUGACCGCGAACUCCAACGGACUGACCCCCACAGAACAACUCCUCUCUUUACUACCAAAGCUCGUCACUGGCCCAGGUGCACUGUCCGGAAUUGUGAGCCAUCUACCUAAUGGACUCGUAGAGACGCUCCUCAACUCGCCCUAUGGACCAGCUGUGAUCGACAUUCUCACUUCACAGGUGGGAAACCGACCUCUUGAAUAUGACGACCUGCUCAUGUCUAUCUUUCCCAUUCCUGUGUGGGCCAAAACCGGAACUGGAGUCAUGAAGAUCGUGUCCAUGGCUCACGACAUCGUGGGGUUCAACCUUCCCCAGAGUGUUAUCAACCUGGUCCUGACAACCCAGUACAACAUCUACGGAGGCUUUCCUACGCCAGCAGAUGUUGCUCCUUCCGCUGUAUUUGUUGCAGUCAACGUUAUUCUAAUGGCGGCCCACUUUUACAUCUUCUUCCGAGGCUUCCUUAGACGACACUACUUCUGGCCGUCGUUCGGUCUCGGCUGGCAAUGCAUUCUCAACUGUCUGGGAUUUGGCAUGCGUAUCGGCUGGGGUAAAAACCUGCUGUCAUUGCGUCUGGGUAUCGCGUCCACUGUGUUUAUCAUUCUCUCUAUCAUUCUCAUCAACUUGAUGAACUUGCUGCUGGCUCACCGUAUCAUGACUUUCAGACACCCAGAAACGGGAGACGCAACGUGGUUUGGCAUGCUCAUGAUUCUUGUCUACUUGGCUAUUGGAGGAGUUCUUCUUCUUGCAGUCGUCACCGAAGUCACCAUUUUCUCGUACUUCUUAGACUACACACAUUGGAGACAGGCGACAGGAGGAAUGCAGGCAGCCUCCGUUCUGAUUGCAGUAAUAUCAGUAGGAGGAGUCUUCAUCAUCGCUAUUGCUUAUGCUCUUCCUCGAGGCUCUCUGGCACUGUCUAAUCAGGAUCGAAGUCGUCUCCCUGCCUCUAACAUCGAGUCUUAUGGUAUCUUCUACUUUCCUCCAAAGUUCUCACAGGUGUUGCAGUACAAGGGAGACCCAACUGCCAAAAUCUCCUCUGGAAAGCUUGCAGCUCGAGUCAUUAAUGGACGGGAUCUUAACUUCUCUGCAUCUCUCAUCGUCAUCACGUCUGUCAUUCUCUGUGCAACCUCAGGCAUGAGAGCUGCUACCACUUUCAUUGGAGAUCGAUGGAGUCACCACAACAAGCCCAUUUUUAGCCCUACACUUUUCUAUGUCGGAUUCGGCGUCUUCGAGUGUAUCUGCAACGUUUUGUAUCUGGUGGCCAGAGUAGACUUGCGAUUCUACAUCCCAGACAUGCCUCGAAAAGGCUAUGGUCCAAUUCUGGUGGAUCCCGAAACAAUGCAGUACACGGAUCCUUACACCGAUGGAAGAGGUGUGGUUAUGGAUGAGAAGAAGGGAUUUACGGAUCAUGUAGAAGACGUCAUCAAUGUGCCUGCUCCCACAUACAACCCAGCCUAUGCCCUGUCUCCUCAGGUGGCCAUGGCAGCUAGAGCCAUGAAUGCUUCCCAGAUGCCCCCUCUGCCCAAAUCCGGCCCACCACCUCCUGUGAACAAACACACGGACUUCCAGGAAGCACAGACCCUGCCUCCAAACAGUUCUUUUGUAGAGCCUCCUCCUAUCGUGCCCCCUCCCAUGCCCCAUCCCACUCUGAUUGGGGAGCCGAAGAUGCUCUACACUCCUCAAAUGGUGCCUCCUCCCCGAAUGACUCCUUCCAACACUUCACCCAGAGGAUCUUUGAAGGGGUCUCCAAAGCUCAUCUCUCCCGAAGGCUCUCCCAAGCUUCCUCCACAGGCCCCCACCCUCCCUAAGGUGUCCAUGGGUUCCCCCACCCUCCCUAAUAUCAACAUGGACUCUCCUAAUUUCGGUUCUCGUUCGGCUCCCAAAACAGAGAUGGUCUCUCCCACAAUUCCUAAUAUUUCCCACUCUCCUGCUGCCCCUCUGUCCAUGCCUCGACAUUCUCCUUUACCCUCGCAUGCUCCCCAGCUUCCCGAGAUUCUGCCCACUCCUUUUCCCCAGACCCCUUAUCAGAUUCGUACCGCGACUCCUCCCGAGUUUGCAACCCCCACCAACAUUCUUCCCCCCGUCAGCCCUCAGCAUUUUCCUGAGCCUAGUUUCACCCCGGUUGAACCGGGAUCUUCUGGUCACUAUGCGCGUCCCUAUGAAGAGCCUGAAGAUGAGUUCCGGUUUUCUCGGGACUCUGAAAACAUGUGA